AUGAUGAAUGAAAUGUUGCAGGAUGCAGCUUCAUUUGGUUAUGUUCAAGCAAGGAUGAAAGGCACGAGCCCUUCCAAGCUCAAUGUGGUCCACCAGCAUGGCCCAUGCUCAUCCUUAACACACCAAUACAAGCCGUCACAUGUUGAUAUCUUCCGUCAAGACCAAGCCCGUGUUGAAUACAUCCAACACCAGGCCGCCAAUGCAACCACCGGCCUAAACGUUAUUGGCGGCUCCCUUUCUGCAAGAGUUCCAGCAAAAAUUGAUUAUUCUCUUGGUGUCUUUGACUAUAUCGUUAGCAUAGGCCUAGGAACCCCUACCAAGUUCUUCACAGUUAUUUUUGACACUGGUAGUGAUCUCACUUGGACCCAAUGCCUCCCCUGCAUUAACUGUUAUAACCAAAAAGACCCAAUUUUUGACCCAACCCAAUCCUCCACCUUCACCACCAUCGAAUGCACCUCUAACUAUUGUAUCCAACUCCCGCGAUUUGGUUGCUCCUCUACCUUCACCUGCCUCUACGAGCAAAGAUAUACUGAUAGUACUAUUUCUAAAGGCUCACUCAUUCAAGACACCUUAAAAUUCUCUGAUGAUAAUAUACAAAACAUCCACUUUGGCUGUGGAGAUAAUAACACUGGAUAUUUUGGGCACGUUGAUGGAAUAUUAGGCCUUGGCCGAGGGGCUCUUUCAAUUAUUUCGCAAACAACUCAGUUGUAUAAUAAUAUAUUCUCAUAUUGUUUACCAUCAGGGCCCAACAAAGUUGGAUAUCUUGAACUAGGUAGCGCAGCCCUUGGUGUGAAGUAUACACCGAUGCUAACCAACCCAAAAAUGCCAUCAUACUACUUCAUCAAUCUCACCGCCAUUUCUGUUGGGGGUGAAAGGCUCCCCCUUUCACCUACUAUAUUUAGUGGCCCUGGAACUUUGUUGGACUCUGGAACCUCAUUUACGCACCUUCCACCCACUGUCUACUCUGCACUACGUAACAUUUUCCGAGAAAAAAUGACCGAUUACCCAAUGGCUCCACCAUUGUUUGAUCUCGACACAUGUUAUGACCUCACUAACUUUGAGCAGGUGGUGGUGCCACAGAUUUUGUUGAUCUAUGACGGUGAAGUGACAACUAACUUAGAUACCUCAGGGAUACUUUUGUUGGGCAAAAAAUCUCAAACUUGCUUAGCAUUCGUUGAAAAUAAGGAUGAUAGUGAGCUUGUGGUUAUUGGUAAUUUACAGCAACGCAGGUUUGAUGUAGUCUAUGAUGUGGGGAACUUACAAAUUGGAUUUGGGAUAAAUGGUUGUAGCUAG